GCGGCCAGUUGCGCCGGCCGCGCGCCUUCCAGCCAGUGUGUGUCGCAUGCGCGCGAAGCAGGGGUCGGGUUUUCGUGGCGUCGCGCCCGCGCUUUUGAGGAGGCAAGCCCGGGGGGUGGGCUGGCAGCACGGCGGGAAUACAUGGACUACCUCCUACAUCGGGCGGACUAGGGAGACCAGCUAUGCCGCCCAAAAAGCGCGCUGGUAGUGCCGGCGGCACACCCGGCGAGGGUGGGCCGUCGUAAGUAUGCGCGUGCGCCUAACAACUUUGGCUGGGCGACCGAUGGCGGCGCGUCCGCCCCCGCGGAAGCUUCGCGCCGUCGGCAAUCUCCCAAGCCGGCCGCCUCGUUGGCCCGUCUUUCAUACAUUCUGUUCGGCUGUUUCCGGGUGGCCUGUGGCCCCCGGCAGCGAGCGCGCGGCAGGAUGGGGCGCCGCGCUUUUGCGUAUUUGCUGCGCCCCCCCACCCCCUCGCAAAGCGGCAGCGAUGGGCGGUUUCUUUUCUGGGCCUCCCAGCGUGUGCCAGCCCCGGGCCCAAUGUCUCGGUAGGCGCAAUUAUGGGGCGCCCCGCAGCAGCGGCGCAGCCCGUCGGCACGAAACUCGCAGGGCCGUGGGCCUUGCGCCCACGCACGUCGGUCGACGUCGACUUAUGUGGUGCGGCCGGUCGGCAACCAGGGGUCCGCGGCGCCUGUGUUUCUUGUUCGAGAGGAUGAAAGGCCCUACUAACGACCCAGGGCAAAACGAAUGUACAUAACGAGCUACGGCAUGAAGUCGAUGAUCAAGGCGAAGGUCAAG